AUGGCCACUCUGGGAAUUCUUAGUUAUGAAGAAAGACCUCUCAAAAGACCCAGACUUGGACCACCUGAUGUCUAUCCACAAGAACCCAAGCAGAAAGAGGAUGAAUUAACUGCAGUGAAUGUAAAACAAGGAUUUAGUAACCAACCUGCAUUUUCUGGAGAUGAGCAUGGAUCAGCUAGGAACAUUGUCAUAAACCCAUCUAAGAUUGGCGCAUACUUCAGCAGCAUUCUUGCUGAAAAACUAAAAUUGAACACCUUUCAGGAUACGGGGAGGAAAAAGCCACAGAUUAAUGCUAAAGACAAUUACUGGCUUGUGACUGCUCGCUCUCAGGGUGCGAUACACAGCUGGUUUACCGAUCUAGCUGGAAACAAGCAUCUCACUGUUCUAGCAAAAAAGGUACCUAUACUUAGUAAGAAGGAAGAUGUUUUUGGCUACCUGGCCAAAUAUUCAGUGCCACUAUUGCGAGCUGCCUGGCUGGUGAAAAUGACUUGCGCAUACUAUGCUGCUAUUUCAGAAGCCAAAAUAAAGAAGCGACAAUCAAGUGAUCCAAACAUAGAAUGGACUCAGAUAUUAACACGGUAUCUCCGAGAACAGUUGGUGAAGAUAGCGGAUUUUUAUCACAGAAAUUCCAGUCAGUGCAGCAGUCCAGCAGUUGUUACACAAGACGUGGAGCAAGCAUUGAGGCAGUGGGAGUACAAUGAGAAGUUGGCAUUUUAUAUGUUUCAGGAAGGUUUAUUGGAACGACAUGAAUAUUUGACCUGGAUGUUAGAUGUUUUGGAAAAAGUAUGCCCACUUGACGAUGAACUUCUAAAAAUCUUGUUGCCUCUCAUCUUACAGCAUUCUGAGGAAUUUGUACAAUCAGCGUAUCUGUCCCGACGCCUUGCCUACUUCUGCUCCAGACGUCUUUCGGCUUUGCUGAGCGAUUGUGCCAGCCAGCUUGCUGUACACACACCGAUUAUAAUGAUGGCACCAGGCAAUCCUCCCAUAGCAGCUCCAAAUGCCAGUUCUUCAGGAACCGUGGUGCCCUCCGUUCAUUUGCCUUGUGUUGAUUUCCAGUUAUGUCCGCAACACCGUCCAUUGGUAUAUGGGCUUAGCUGCAUGUUACAGACUAUCACCCUCUGCUGUCCAAGUGCCUUGGUGUGGAACUAUUCCACAAACGAAAGUAAAAACACAAAUCCAGGUUCUCCUCUGGAUCUUCUUCAGGUUCCCCCAUCCAGCCUUCCUAUGCCUGGUGGCAGCUCACCUUUUAAUCAACAGGUGCGGGCCAAAAUCUAUGAUGUGGAACAGCAAAUCAAACAACGGGGUCGAGCCGUAGAAGUCCGGUGGUCAUUUGAUAAGUGCCAAGAGUCAGCUGCAGGUGUCACUAUUAGCAGAGUUUUGCACACAUUAGAAGUUUUGGAUCGGCAUUGUUUUGACAGACUGGAUUCCAGCAACUCUUUGGAAACCUUGUAUCAUAAGAUAUUUUGUACAAACCAAAAUAAGGACAGCCAGGAGGUGCCUCCCAGUGAUGAAGCUGUGGUCACAUUACUCUGUGAAUGGGCUGUUAGCAGCAAGCGUUCUGGAAAACAUCGAGCCAUGGUGGUGGCCAAACUACUGGAGAAGAGACAGCUGGAAAUAGAGGCAGAGAGAUGCAGUGAGUCAGAGGUUCUGGAUGAGAAGGAAUCAAUCUCCUCAGCUUCUCUUCCAGGAUCCAGCCUACCUGUUUUUCAGAAUGUUCUGCUUCGAUUUUUAGAUUCUCAAGCCCCAUCUCUCAGUGAUCCAAACAACGAACAUGAAAAAGUGGAGUUUGUUAAUUUGGUGUUAUUAUUUUGUGAGUUCAUCCGACAUGAUAUAUUUUCCCAUGAUGCCUAUAUGUGCACCUUGAUAUCACGCGGUGACUUGUCUGCUAGUAACAGAUCUCACUCGCCCAGUGGAGAACAUAUGGAUGACCAUUAUUCUAAAGAUCUCAGUGCCAAGCUAGAGAUAUUUUCUCCAGUUCCUGGAGACUGCCACAAUUAUGAUCCUCCAUCUUUACAUCGUAGAGUUUCUGGCUCUAGUGAAAAGUCGGUAAAGAGAGACAUCAUUUUCCCUUCCAGUUAUGAACUUCUGCGUCAUUUACAGUAUGCUACACACUUUCCCAUUCCACUGGAAGCAUCAUCAAGUCAUGAAUGUAAUCAGAGAAUGAUUCUCUUGUAUGGAGUCGGAAGAGAGAGAGAUGAAGCCAGACACCAGCUGAGAAAAAUAACCAAAGACCUCUUGAAGAUUCUCAAUACAAAUGGCACAAGUGACUCUGCUGUUGCAGAUGACGGACACCGGACACGAAAGAGCAAACAAGAAUCCUUCCCAUCUCUGGAAAGUACCUUUUCUCGGCUACAGCAUCUAUCAUAUUUUGAUCAACAUCAAGUCACGUCACAGAUAUCCUGCAACAUGCUGGAGCAAAUUACAAGCUUCGCUUCAGGAACCUCUUACCAUCUUCCUCUGGCUCACCAUGUCCAACUUAUAUUUGACUUAAUGGAGCCUGCUCUGAACAUCAAUGGUCUCAUUGAUUUUGCUGUACAGCUGCUAAAUGAACUGAGCGUGGUGGAAGCAGAAUUGCUGUUGAAAUCAUCAAACCUUGCAGGAAGUUACACAACACGCCUAUGUCUGUACAUUGUGGCAGUGCUAAGACGUUACCACGCUUGCCUAAUUUUAAAUUAUGAUCAAACAGCGCAAGUUUUUGAAGGAUUGUGUGGUGUAGUAAAGCAUGUAGUCAAUCCUUCAGAAUGCUCCUCUCCAGAAAGAUGUAUUUUGGCUUAUCUGUAUGAUUUGUACAUGUCGUGUAGCCAUAUAAGAAGUAAGUUUGGAGACCUUUUCAGUAGUGCUUGUUCCAAGGUAAAGCAGACAAUAUACAGCAACGUACAGCCAUCCAACUCUAAUGCACUGUGGGAUCCAGACUUCAUGGUGGACUUUAUAGAAAACCCAUCAGUGCACAAUAUCAAUCACUUUGUGCUGGGGAAGAUCCUCAGUGAGAAUGCUGCUAACCGUUACAGUUUUGUGUGUAAUGUCCUUAUGAAUGUGUGUAUGGGCCACCAAGAUGCUGAGAGGAUCUAUGAUAUUUCGAACCUGUGUGCUGAACUUACAGCUUGCUGCACUGUGCUCAGCUCGGAAUGGCUGGGUGUACUCAAGGCUCUUUGCUGUUCCUCCAAUCAUGUGUGGGGCUUUAAUGACUUACUAUGCAGUGUGGAUGUUAGUGAUCUUUCGUUCCAUGAUUCUCUGGCCACUUUUAUAGCUGUCCUGAUAGCAAGGCAUUGUUUUUCACUUGAAGAUGUGGUGCAGCAUGUCGCACUACCCUCUCUCCUCGCAGCAGCUUGUGGUGAUCCUGAUGCUGAGCCUGGAGCUAGAAUGACAUGCCGCCUCCUGCUCCAUCUACUAAGAACACCACAGUUCAGCCCACUGGGUGCAACAAAUGGAAAGCUGGCACCUGUUAUAUGUUCUUCCUGUGACAGACAUCUUUUGGCAGCUGCUCAUAACAGCAUUGAAGUGGGAGCAGUGUUUGCUGUCCUCAAAGCUAUUCUCAUGCUCGGAGAUGCUGCGAUUGGCAGUAAUAAUAUUAACACUUCUAAGCACAAUGAAGUGGAAACAAACGAGGGGACUGUAGAUACAGAGAUGUCCUUACCGCCUUCUGGAAAACCAUUCACCACCGAGACAGCAAGUUUAAGUGAAUAUGCAAAACAUGUUCUAAGGACAAUUUGCCAGCAGGAGUGGGUUGGAGAUCACUGCUUGAAAGAACCAGAGAGGCUGUGCGCAGAUAAAGAUCUUAUUUUAGAUCCUGUUCUCUCUCAUAAGCAAGCAAGCAAACUACUACAACUAAUAUGUUAUCCUCAUGAGACAAGAGAGUCACUAGAAGGAGACAACAUUCAGCAACUUCACAUCAAGCAAAUCCUACAGAAUCUCGAACAGUGGACACUCAGGCAGUCAUGGUUGGAGAUCCAGCUGAUGAUCAAGCAAUGCAUGAAGGAACCUGCAUCUAAUUCAGUGAAUGAGAUGAAUACACUUUUGGAUAAUAUUGCAAAAGCAACAAUAGAAGUGUUCCAGCAGUCUGCUGAGCUAAACAGCAGUUUUAAUAGUCCUGGUAAUGGUCUCUUCAGUGCUAACUAUGCAGUACAUGCUGAUAGCAACAGCACACGGCAUAAUGUGACGUCUGCUAUCCUCAGCUCAUCAGAACGUAGAGGUGUCUGGCUUGUGGCACCUCUUAUUGCAAAACUGCCCACCUCUGUUCAAGGAAGAGUGUUAAAAGCAGCUGGAGAGGAACUGGAGAAAGGACAACACCUGGGUCCAUCCUCCAAGAAAGAACGGGACAGGCAAAAGCAGAAAAGCAUGUCCCUGCUGAGUCAGUACCCAUUCCUAUCACUGGUCCUCACCUGCUUAAAAGGACAAGAUGACCAGCGAGAAGGCCUCCUCACAUCACUGCAAAACCAACUGAAUCAGAUUCUGAGUAACUGGAGAGAGGAGAAAUACCAGGAUGAUGUGAAAGCUCGCCAGAUGAUGCAUGAGGCUCUUCAAUUACGCCUGAAUUUGGUUGGAGGAAUGUUUGACACAGUACAGAGAAGCACACAGUGGACCGCAGACUGGGCUGUUUUACUUCUACAGAUAAUUACAUCAGGAACAGUUGACAUGCAAACAAACAAUGAAUUAUUCACAACUGUUCUUGAUAUGCUCGGUGUCUUAAUAAAUGGGACCCUCGCCUCUGAUCUCUCCAACGUGUCUCAAGGAAGUUCAGAAGAAAACAAAAGGGCUUACAUGAACUUAGUGAAAAAACUAAAGAAAGAACUUGGUGAUAAGCGAUCAGAGAGUAUCGAUAAAGUCCGUCAGCUUCUGCCAUUGCCAAAGCAGACUUGUGAUGUCAUUACCUGUGAGCCCAUGGGGUCUCUGAUUGACACAAAAGGCAACAAAAUUGCAGGGUUUGAUUCUAUUGAUAAGAAACAGGGCCUUCAGGUUUCAACCAAACAGAAGGUGUCUCCUUGGGACUUAUUUGAAGGCCACAAGAACCCAGCACCUCUCUCAUGGGCCUGGUUUGGCACUGUUCGUGUGGACAGAAAAGUAAUCAAAUAUGAAGAACAACAUCACCUUCUUCUCAACCACACACAUCCAAAGCCCAAGCCUCCUAGCUAUUAUCUGGAGCCCUUGCCACUUCCCCCAGAAGAAGAUGAAGAAGAAGAAGAUGAACCCUGCACUUCAGUGUAUGCAGACCCAGAGGGAAAGACAACAGAUUUAUCUGAUCCUGGAAAAUCAGUAACUGAUGAAGAGAAAAAAUCCAAAAGCAGGAAGCGCAAAACCAAGACCAACCCACGAGCAGACGAAUAUCCUCAAAAUGCUGUAUAUCGUGUGCCAUCUAAUUAUUCUCCUUUAUCAUCUCAAAUGAUAAACCACAACCCUGCUACUACCUGGAGUUACAACAUCGUGGGGCAACAGCAGCCAAAUUUCUAUCUGCAGAAUCAAGUGCUCACAACAGGUGGUACCAGAUUGGAUCCAAUGGGCACAUUUGUUCCUUCAAACACGAAACAAGCUUUGUCCAACAUGUUACAGAAACGCUCAGGCACAGUGAUGCAGUCCCCUUCCUUACAUGCAAUAACCUCCCAGCAGCAACUGCUCCAGCUGAAAUUAUUACAGCAACAACAACAGCAGCAAAGGCUCCUCAGACAACACAUCCAGGCCAGGACACUUCAGCAGGGUCAAACAAUGGAACAGGCUGCUAUGUUUUCGCCUCAAGUGCAACCAGGCAUUCAGCAAGGACAGCCUUUUCCACAUGGGUAUACUAUGUAUGGCACCCAGGUACCAGUGCAGCAACAUCAAAGUGGGAAUAUAUUACUUUCACCUAGUCAUAAUCAACGAACCAAUGCUAAUGCUCUUCCAAGCUCUGACCUAGUAGAACGACUACGACAGAUGCAACAACAGCCCAGUGGUUACUUGCAACAGCAGGGAGCUACCUAUAUACAAACCGUGGCAAGUAAUCAACGGUUUACUCAUCCAGCCUUGCAGAACGCUUUGAUUGGAGGAGGUCUGGAACAAGGAACCGUGAACGUUAACUCAGUGCAACUUAAUCAAGAGCAAGUGAGACAGAGACAGCAGCAAAUGCGCCAGCAGAGGCUUGUACAGCUGCAGCAACAACAGAGUCAGCAAGCCUUUGGCCUUCAAGCCAUGCAAGCACAACAACCUUUGUUCCCUAGACAAGGCUCACAACAAACUCAACAACAACAGCAAACUGCUGCCUUGGUCAGACAGCUGCAAAAACAACUUUCAAGUAACCAGGCACAGCAACCAUCCAGUUUAUAUGGCGACCCUUCAAAUUUUUAAGCCAGAACACGACCCUUAAAUACUUUGGUUUUUAUUACACUGUACAUAUUUGACAACCUAUUAUGGUCAGGUUAUAAUAAGUCUAGCCAGAGUGGAUGCUUUCAGAGAGAGUUGCUUUUCCCUUCAAAGAAAAGGUUUUGGGAAAACACUAUUUUGCUGGCCUGAAAAUCAUAAA